CUGGGAAACAGUAUACAAUCUAUCGUUCGGUAAAAAAGGGUUUUUUUCCACCCUAAUUAAAUUAAUUAAUUAAUUAAUGAUUUAAAUGAAUAUGUAAAAUUAGCCUCAAUUAAAAAUGCAUAUUCGUUAAACAUUUUAAAUUUCUAAUUUAAAGAAAAAUCACUCACAUAAAGAAAAAUCACUCGCACAAAGAAAAAAUAGAACAAGAUGACAUCACCCGUUGUCGACAACAGAAAUGAAGAGGAGACUAAAGACGUACCAAAGGAUAUGGGGUUUCCCAAGCGUUACGUGUUGGCGUUGAUGGUAUUUCUUGGUUUCUGCGUGUUAUAUGCAUUGCGCGUGAAUUUAAAUGUGGCCAUUGGUGCUAUGUGUAACAACCAUACCAUCUAUGAGAAUGGUUUCUACGUGAACAAGGUAGCUGAGUUUGAAUGGGAUUCAAAAAUGCAAGGUAUGGUACUCGGAUCAUUUUAUUAUGGUUACAUCGUACUGCAAAUUCCUGGUGGUUGGUUAGCUACAAAGAUUGGCGGUACUAGGAUAUUUGGCAUGGCUCUAUUCCUUGCAUCCAUUUUAACAUUAUUAACGCCUGCUGCCGCCCGCUACAGUGUGUAUGCGCUGAUCACGUUACGUGUACUUGAAGGCGUUUUCUUGGGCGUCCUAUUUCCCAGUAAUCAUGCUAUUUGGGGACAAUGGGCUCCACCCAAUGAGAGAUCUCGGUUAUUCUCCAUCACCGCAGCAGGUUGUCCCGUUGGUACGAUUCUUACUAUGCCACUUACUGGACUCCUAACAAAAUACGGUUUUGACGGGGGAUGGGCGUCUGUGUUUUAUGUGUUUGGUGCUGUUGGCUUGUUGUGGUUUUUUGUGUGGUGUCUUAUUGUUCACCCUUCACCGGAAACUCACACUACCAUUUCCGAUGAGGAAAGAAAUUAUAUUAUGAAAAGUUUGGACCAAAAGAAAAACGAAAAGCCUCCUAAAGUGCCGUGGUUAAAGAUUAUUACAUCAAUUCCAGUGUGGGCGACCAUUGUUGCAAAUUUUACAGCUGAUUGGGGGUUGUACACAAUCCUUAUUUGCAUUCCAAAGUUUUUCCAAAAAGUUUUGAAAUUUGACAUUGCAACUACUGGAUUUCUUGUUUCACUUCCGUAUCUCAUUAAAGCCAUCGUUGGUCCAUCUGGAGGUAUCAUUGCUGACAUGUUGAUCGAGAAAGGAAACUUAUCUGUUCGCAACGUCCGUAGACUCAUUUUCACCGUAGGUUGUACGACAGCCAGUGUAUUCAUCGUCGGUGUAGGAUACGCAAAAACUAAAGAAGUAGCCAUUGCCUUACUGUGCGCUGGGGUUGGUAUUACUGGUCUAAAUGCGACAGGUUAUGCAGUCAAUAUUCUUGACAUUGCACCAAGAUUCGCUGGUGUUAUCAUUGGUUUUAGUAACGUCUUUGGUUCGAUGCCUGGAUUUAUAAGUCCGAUGAUUGUGGGGUAUAUAACAACGAAAAAUACUGCAGCUGAAUGGCAACUUGUGUUCUGGAUCACAGCUUUCGUGUAUGCAAUUGGUGUCAUCUUCUUUGCAUUAACUGUUUCUGGAAAAACACAACCCUGGAAUGAUCUAAAAACGGAAAAUCCAGAUGCUGAAAGUGGAGAAGCUGAACAAAACGGUAACACGGAAAAUGAUAAUGUAGACAAUAAAUCCGCGGACACAAAGAAAUCACCUGAUCAACCUAAAAAGACUCCACAAGAGACCAAAAAAGAGCCUGAACAAAAACAAGCACCUGCUACAGAAGAUAAAUCUUCUCCUAAACAACCAUCUAAGGAAGCUUCACCUAGUGGAAGUCCCAAAGAAGACAGAAAAACUGAGGAUAAAGAUACACAAGAUGGUGCGAAAGAUAAAGAUGAACCUGAAAAAAAACCUGUGUCACCUCGAGAUGAGGAAAAACCUGACGGUGAAGAACAGAAGACAGAAUGACUUCAAUAUUUGAAAAAAAAAUUUCAAGAAAGUCCAUGUUCAGUUUAUUACGGCAAGUAUUAAAUGCACUUAUAUAAGAACAAUGUCAAAUGCUUUCACAGCCAGAACGAAAUUUGUAGUUUUUAUUGCAUGCAAGGGAAGAUCAAUAAAAAUACGUAUUAAUCUUUUGAAGUAUAGGCCCAGUCAAACAGUUUUUUAAAACUUAGAAGUACCUAUAUUGUUUCUGUCCAAAAUAUUGGAAUUUUGUUAAAAAUAAAAAAGCAAAAGCAAAAACAAUCUUGUAGUAGAAUUGAUUAGAAAUAUUUUUUAGUUGAAAUAAUUCUUUAACUCUUUCAUGAAGAUUAAAAUAAAAAUUAAACCACCAAAAAAAAAGAAGAUAGCAUAUGUACUUAUGAAAUAUAACAUAUUGAAUAUAUAGUAUAUAUUCGGAAAAACUUUCCUUGCAAAAACUAUUAAAAAAAUCGAUCCUUUUCUCUUUUCCUAUCAUUGGCAACUUUUCCAGUUUUAAGCAGGAAUGAAGAGAUUUACAAUAGUUUACCUUGCGAAGUUUUUUUUUAAUAGUAUAUAAAUAUGAAAAUCUAAAAUUUCUAAGGUAAAGAUCCGCACGUAUACUUUCCAAUGAUUUCAGUACUGACAAGCUAUUGUAGCAACUGUUGGACAUUAAUUAGUACAUCUAUCAAUGUGUUAGAAUAUUUUUUGUUUUAAAUUAUUUUGUAAAUAAUGUUAGUAACUAGUUACUAAAUCCAUAAAUGUGUGAAUUAGCAAAUAUAGUUAAUAGUA